AUGAAUAUAGCUCGCAAAGUUUGUCCCUUAAUACCACAUCAAAAUGCCCGGAAAAAUAUAUAUAGAAAAUUCAGAUUUUCCGCCGUUCAUUGCGAUUCAUCAGCCAAAUCUCAACCUCAAGUUCAAGAAGAAAAGUUUGAUUUCGAAGAUUUAAAAGUUUUAGAACGUGUAGAGCGCAGAAAAGCCAAAAUCCCUCCUUUUAUGAAGAACGUUUUCGUUUCCAUAUUUAAUCGCGAUUUGCUUGCCUAUCCUGAAAUACUAAACAAAGAAGAAUCCACUGCUUUAGACACCAGAAUUGCAGCAUUAGAUAAAGUAUUUUCUGAUAAGACAAAAACUCAAGAAGAUAGAAGAAAUGCUUUAGUAAGGACAGGCAUGUAUAGUGCCCCAGUGAAUCUAACCAACGGAGGAUUGGCAAUGAACUACACAGAAAGUUUGAGAUAUCUAGAUAUUAUAUCAUCAGAUCUCCAAUUGGGGCAGGAAAUAAGUGAUCAUUGGGUUGGGUUAAAUGUUCUCAAGGCUGGGUUAAACACUGAUGUAUAUGAAAAGUUAAUUAGUGACGUGACUUCUGGCGAGCAAACUAUUAACAUGUGUAUACAAGAAAGAAUAUGUGAGAGGUUAUUGCAAGCAGAUUUUGGGACUGUUGCUGAAAUGGAUGGAAGAGGUGUAUGGCAUAUAACCGGUGAAAAGAUAUGUACCAAUAGAACAGGAUACCUCGUGGUCUUGUGUCUUGUUGAAAGCACAAGGUUCAAAGCAUUUUUAGUACAUCCUGGAGCGGAGGGAAUAAGUAACACUAAAAAUUUUAUCACAUUCAAAAGUACUCCUGCUACACCCUUAGAGGACACAGCAGAAGAAACCAUCUCGUCUACCUUGAGUUUAUCUAGGCUAUACACAGCUACUCUGUGCCGCAAUAGCUUAUUAAAGUCUAUGAACACUUGUAUUGAUUAUAUACGGCCAAGAUUCUUUGCUGGUAAACCCCUAUCAAAUGUAUCUACAAUCCGGGCCAAUAUUGGAGAUACAUUAUUAAAACUAUAUGCAAGUGAAAGCACAGAAUACUUCACAGCUGGUCUUUUGGAUGGUUAUAUGGAACCUGAUGCUGAGCUGGAAGUUGCCAUGUGCAGGAAUUUCAUAGCACAACACGCACAGGACCAACUCCUCAAACUUCUCGCGAUACCGGGAAUAGAGAAGCAGGACGAGUGUCUCCAGCUCCUCGAGGAUAUGAGGCUGCUCACUCUACGUGGAGAGUCGGUUGAAAGCGUUAAUUUGUAUAUUGCUCAGAAUGGCUUACAUUAUGCGGGGCAAACGAUGGCGUCCGAAAUAAAACAAAUGCGAAAUCCCCUUUUCAAUCCGUCGUUUAUCCUCAAGAAAAUGAUCUUGAACAGACAUCAGGAGAAAGACGAUCCCAAACUGGACCUAUAUCUAUCGGAAGACCUACACCCCACAAUGAAGAUGUCGGCGGAACAUUUAGAGUACUGCGUGUUGCGCAUGCGCUACACGUGUGAAACGCUCAUGAGUAGGCACGGGACUGAAGUGAUGCAGGCUUACACUGAACUGUCGAGGCUCGCUGAAGCCGCUUCUGAAAUAUUGGCGAUGACCGCUGUGUUGGCGCGAGCGUCCAGAGCAUAUUGCAUCGGUCUUCGCAACGGAGAGUUAGAGAUGAAACUCUCCGCAUGUUUUGUGGAGAAAUCAAAGGAGAGAGUCAGGAAACUGCUACUCGAAGUAAAUGACGGCGAGUAUAUGAAUUUCGACCACUUUAGAAUAGAAUUCGGUAAGAAACUGUUAGAUUCUAAGAGCGAAAUCCUUGAAAAACCAACUUCAAGGGUUUUUUGG